CCUAAAAUCGGUUUAAAACUUUAACAUUAUAACAAUAGGCUAUUGUCUUGUUCUCACAUCGGACGGGCAUUCCUUAGCGUCACGUUACGCGUAUUGUUAAGUGUAAGCGGAUCUACAUAGAAAUUGUUAUAUUUUAUAACUUUAUUAAUUCAUAUAAUUAAAUUCAAAAUAUGUCGCUAUUAGAUUCACCGCAUUUUAAAAUUUUGGUAGAUCUUAUUCCCAAAUAUGACGGAACUAAGAAAUUACUUAAAGAACUAGAAAGGUCAAUAACAGUAAAAGCGUAUAGUACUAAGCACUCAUUAACAUUUAUUUUACAAAUACCUUCUAUUGAUAAAAGUAUAUAUGAUCUUAUUCAUUUAUAUUCUAUCCCUGAUACCGAGUACCUCACCAUUAUACCCAAAUCCAAAUUCCUUGCACUUGGAAGCGAUGAGUACGCAUACCUCGACAACAGCUGCAAGUCGAUCACCGAGAGCGUUCAUCUCUGCGAGUCUCUACAAAUGAAAUCCUUCACAAAAUCAGAAGAUUGCAUCGUCAACCUCAUAAAACACAAGAAUGCCAACUGCAGCCGUGUUAAGAUGGUACUAGGUGACAGCAAGAUCCAAAAAACGCGGGACAACACGUGGCUGGUCUUACUUAAACGAGAAGAGAUCGUAAGAGCACAAUGUGGGACCAACACAUCUUACCAUCGUGCAUCGGGAAUCCAUCUUAUAACCGUAACAGAAGAUUGUCGCGCAGAAGUUGCGAACAUGACGCUGCAGUCACAUGUCACGAAAUUGGACUUAGAUGAAAUAAUACCAUUGCCCCAAAAACAAGACUCACCUGUGGAUGUCGUGCGGUAUCAAGUAAAAUUGCAAGAUCUGGAAUUAGAUAACGUUCGGCAAUUACUGGACAAGGCUGAAGAUCUGGAGAAGCAGGGUGACAUUAACGACUGGCCUAAGAUGAUGGCAACUCCAAGCUGGACAACUAUCAUCCUCUAUCUAUUACUGAUAUGUGCAGUAUCAUGGAAAGUGUAUAAAAAGUUAUCAAGCAGAUGCACCAAGAACGCACGGAAGAUCACGCCUACCAGUGAGGACACUGGUGGAAGCUGUAAAAUCAGCUUCUCUCUGAAGGACGGAGGAGCUACCAAGGCAUAACCCUUGGUAAUCGCUGACGUUGCACUCAGCGAUUUC